ACAGAUUGCCGGGUUCCCUACUGCCGUCGAUUCAAGGGCGCGCGUUUUAAUAUCCCCUGUGGUGACUUUCACCGCUUUACGUCAUUUUUCCGGUGUCGAGAAUGAGUCAUGUGAUCAGGUCACCUGACCCUCAUACCGGAAGUGCAGUGCCUGUGUCCUUAGUUCAUCUGUUCCCCGGCUCCUUAUCACAAGGUAUCAUUACAGGAGACGAAGGUGCAGCCUGAGAGGUGAAUAACUGACCAAUAGCAGGGGCAAAAUGCAGGUGCACGAAAGGUCGCACACAGGGACCCACACAUUUCAGUGUAACCAUGGCAAUGAGAAAAAGGCACCUGCAGCAGGGAAGGUUCAUUCUGAAGGAGGAUCAGCACGGAUGUCCCUUCUUAUAUUGGUCUCUAUAUUCCUAUGUGCGGCCUCGGUCAUGUUUCUGGUCUACAAGUACUUUCCACAGCUCAGCGAAGAAGAGCUGGAAAAGAUAAAAGUCCCACGAGACAUGGACGACGCCAAGGCUCUGGGCAAAGUCCUUUCCAAAUACAAAGACACGUUCUAUGUGGAAGUGUUGGUGGCUUAUUUCACCACUUAUAUAUUCUUGCAGACGUUUGCCAUCCCAGGCUCCAUCUUUCUCAGUAUUCUCUCGGGGUUCCUGUACCCCUUCCCUCUGGCUCUCUUCCUGGUCUGUUUGUGUUCUGGACUCGGGGCAUCGUUCUGCUACCUGCUCUCGUAUCUGGUCGGCCGACCCGUCGUCUACAAAUACCUCUCUGAUAAAGCAAUAAAAUGGUCACAGCAGGUCGAGCGGCACCGAGACCACCUGAUUAACUACAUCAUAUUUCUGAGAAUUACGCCGUUUCUUCCAAACUGGUUCAUCAACAUCACCUCUCCGGUCAUAAACGUUCCUCUCAAAGUCUUCUUCCUGGGGACAUUCAUAGGGGUGGCUCCUCCCUCUUUCGUGGCCAUUAAGGCCGGGACGACCCUGUACCAACUCACGACAGCGGGGGAGGCCGUGUCCUGGAACUCAGUCAUCAUCCUCAUGGUGCUAGCCGUACUCUCCAUAUUGCCGGCCAUUUUCCAAAAGAAACUGAAGCAGAAGUUUGAGUAACUCCUUGUACAUAACAGCAGCUCCUCCCCUCUGGACAGCUCCCUCCCCCCCGUCGGACUCUUAAAAACUCGUAACCUUUUUAUAAUUUAAUUUAAUUACUGUUUUCGGUAAUAUAUUAAAAUAUUUUAUGUUCCUCUUA